AUGGAGAAAUUAAAGACUUUGCUAAUUGCGAAUCGAGGCGAAAUUGCAGUUCGUAUCAUCAUAACAGCGAAACAACUCGAUAUUCGCACAAUCGCUAUCUAUACCGCCGCCGACGCGACUUCACAACAUGUUUUGGCCGCCGAUGAAGCGGUUUUGCUACCAGGGGACGAUUCCACUGCAUACAUAAACGGAGCAGCGAUUAUAGAAAUUGCUCGUUCUCGUGAAGUUGAUGCCAUUAUUCCCGGUUAUGGCUUCUUGUCCGAAAACGUGGAGUUUGCCGAAGCCAUAGCCAUUGCGGGGAUGGUUUUUGUGGGUCCACGGGCUGAAGCCAUUGAAACAUUUGGCUUGAAGCAUAGAGCCCGCGAAAUAGCCACUGCAGCCGGUGUGCCAAUUGUACCAGGGACACAGGGCUUGAUUGUAUCUGAGGAAGAUGCAGUCAAAGCUGCUGAUGAAUUGGGCUAUCCAGUCAUGCUGAAAGCUACCGGUGGUGGAGGUGGCAUGGGUUUGACAAUAUGCAAAUCCGUGGAAGAAGUUCGACAAUCCCUAAUACAGGUUCGUUCGAGGGGCGAGACUUUAUUCAAAAACGCAGGAGUCUUUAUGGAGCGCUACUACCCGGAAAGCCACCACAUUGAGGUACAAGUAUUUGGAAAUGGUCAGGGAGAUGCAAUCCACAUCGGAGAGCGAGAAUGCUCCAUUCAACGCCGUCAUCAGAAAGUGAUAGAGGAGUGCCCAAGUCCGUUCGUCGAAAAACACCCUGGCCUCCGAGAAAGGCUCACCUCUGCAGCUGUUGCCCUGACCAAAUCUAUCCGCUACGGCUCAGCGGGAACGGUUGAAUACCUUGUGGAUGAUCUAUCGGGAGAUUUCUUUUUCCUUGAGAUGAACACCCGUUUGCAAGUGGAGCAUGGCAUCACUGAGCUCUGCUACGGUAUUGAUAUCGUGAGACUGAUGCUUGAACAAGCCGAUCGUGAGUUGUGUGGACUCCAUGGUCUGGAGAAAGAUUACUUGCAGUCUCUGCAACCUUUCAAACCCUCGGGAUGUGCCAUUGAAGCUCGUGUGUACGCCGAGAAUCCUGCUCGCAAUUACUCGCCUUCCCCGGGACUCCUACAGCUCGUUGAAUGGAACGAAGUGGAAGGCACGAGGAUUGAUACAUGGGUGGCUACCGGAACACGAAUCUCUACAUAUUAUGACCCGAUGAUCGCAAAGGUCAUGGUGCAUGCCUCCGAUCGCACAACUACAAUCCAAAAAUUGGGCAAUGUCCUCUCCAAAUCGAUUAUUUGCGGUCCUCCAACGAAUUUGGAUUUCCUGCACGCUAUUCUCGAAUCUCGCACAUUCCGUGCAGGACAUACGUUGACCAACUUCCUGAAUAAUUUCAAAUUUUCACCCUCUGCCAUCGAUGUCAUUUCUCCGGGUGUCUACACCACUGUGCAGGACAACCCGGGCCGCCCCACCGCCGGGAGAGGAAUUCCCCAGGCGGGACCAAUGGAUCCGCUGGCAUUUCAAGUUGCAAACAUUUUGGCCGGAAACCCUUCCAAUACAGAAGGCCUGGAGAUAACAUUGAGAGGACCGGAGCUACGCUUCUUGGCUGCUGCAUGCGUCUCAAUCUGCGGUGCUCCAAUGGGAGUGCAGAUUGAUGGUGUUGAUGCUCCGAUGUGGUCGCGAAUCUACAUAGAACCUGGUCAAACAUUAUCCAUUGGAAAGCUGAGUGAAUCUGGAGGAUGUCGAGCAUACCUCGCUGUCCGCGGAGGAUUCCCAGCAAUCGCACCGUACUUCGGUUCCAAAUCUACUUCCCCGCUCCUCGGUAUUGGUGGAUAUCAAGGCAGGGCACUUGCUCCUGGCGACAUGCUCGCAAUUGAGAAGAUUGAUGCUACCGAGCCUCGCCAAGUGCUGUCAUUACCUGCUCACCUCCGUCCUGUGUACUCUUCUCAUUGGGAUAUCUACGCCAUGGUGGGUCCUUACGACGAAGGAUAUAUCGUAGGCGAAGAUAUAGACAUGAUAUAUGACACAAUGUGGAAGGUGUCCCAUAAUGCUACCAGAGGUGGCAUUCGUCUUGUCGGGCCGGCGCCAAGAUUCGCCCGAGAAGAUGGCGGCGAGGGUGGCCAACACCCAAGCAACGUGAUCGAAUAUGGGUAUCCUAAUGGUACAUUGAACUGGACCGGAGAUAGUCCAUGUAUCUUCCCCGUCGAUGCACCUGACUUGGGAGGCUUCAUCUCAUCCACUACGAUCGUAACUGGUCACCUAUGGCGCAUGGGGCAAUUAAAGUCCGGAGACACAAUCCAAUACCACCGAGUCUCUUUAGAUGAUGCUCUGAACAUUCGUGCGGAGAUGGAGAGAUUCUUGACCGACCUGUCAGCCUUUGCGAUCGGCCAAUGCAAGUCUGAUACUAUUGUGCCACUCUCAGAUUCUACACUACCGCAAUCGACCAUCUCCGGGACAUGGGGAAAAGCUUUCAUAUCAUCAAGCAAGCUGGUUGGAUCUGAGGAUAUCAUCACGUUCAGACAGGGUGGAGAUGACUUCCUCCUGGUGGAGUUUGGUGAUGGAAAAUUUAAUCUUAAUCAUCGCUGCCGGGUUUCUGCCUUGGAGCAGGCCUUCGAGAAAUCGCGAGCCUCAGAUGAAGCGUUGAACGGGAACAUCUAUAAGACGACUGGAUGCUGCAACUCCCUUCUCAUUCACUACAACGGAUUGAAGCUACGUCGUGACUACCUGAUUGACCUGCUGAUAUCGUUGCAAAACGAAACUGGCGACCUCCGCAGCUCAAAGGUUCCAAGUCGAAAGUUCUCUCUGCCAAUUUGUUUCGAAAGUCCAGCUCAGCAGGAGGCGAUCCAGCGCUAUACCGAAACACAAAGACCAUACGCCCCAUACCUGCCCAGUAACAUGGAUUUCGUGGCGAAGAUUAACGGAAUCACUUUUGAAGAACUGCUGAAUAUUUUCCUAUCGGUCGAGUUCAUGGCCAUUUGUGUUGGCUUCUUCUGUGGUGACACAAUCUGCCUGCCUAUUGAUCCCCGGUAUCGCAUAACAUGCCCCAAACAGAACCCGAGCCGAGUCUACACCCCAGAAGGAAGUGUCAGUUGGGGUGGAUCAUGCAUGAAUAUCUAUCCCGUUGAUUCCCCAGGAGGCUACCAGAUGACCGGUCAAACAAUCCCUUGCUUUGAUCAACUUGGUGUAAAGCCAGGUUUCUCAUCGAACAAGGCAGGCUUGUUCCGCGACUUCGACCAGAUCACUUUCUACCGAGUAGAAAAAGAGGAGUUGGAACGCGACUUGGCUUUGUUCCGGUCCGGGUGUUACAAUUUCAAGUACGAAGAUGUUAUGUUUGAUAUGACAGCUCACAAUCAUCUCCUCGAGGAAACCAAAGAUGAAGUGGCGGCUUUCAAGUCUCGCCAGGCCACAGCACAGGUUGAAAUGUUAGCAUUGGAAAAAGAGUCUAUGGAUAGGUGGCUAUCCGAGAAAGAGAAAAACGAGGUCCCUGCGGAUCAAAUUUCUCUUUUGAGAGAAGACCCCGAUAUCCUCACUGUAUAUGCCCCUCUCGAUGCCAACGUGUGGAAGGUUACUGUUACAGAUGGUGAUGUUGUCUCUGCCACUCAAGCUGUUGCUAUUCUCGAAGCAAUGAAGAUGGAAGUCUCCAUCUCGUACCUUGGAGACAAAAAGGAUGACGGCGACAAGCAAUACAAGGUUGAGAAGGUACUCGUUCAACCUGGUGACAUUGUCCGGGCAGGCGACGCAGUUGUAUUUUUAAGAGAUGUUUAA